GACGCGUGGGGCCCAGAGUCCCGAGCGCGCGCCGGGGAGGGGGUGUUGGGAGGAGGUGGGCUCGGGGCGCGCGCGGGAAAGCCCCCUCCCCGCGCGGGGCGCGCGUGCGCGGUUCCGCUGCGGCGGAGGGAGCCGCGAUGGAGGGCGCUUUGACUGUCCGCCAGGUAAUAAAUGAAGGGGAGUCAAACUUUGCUGCUGAGCCUCAGGAAGAGUUAGAGGAGAAUCCUGGUCCAGUUGUGGAUGAGAGUAAUACAGUUUCAGCAAAAAAACAGGGACCAAAUUUACAUAACUGGAGUAGUGACUGGAGCUUUUGGAGUUCCACCUACAAAGACAGGAAUGAGGAAUACAAAAGACAAUUCACACAUUUACCUGAUACAGAGAAGCUGAUAGCAGAUUAUGCUUGUGCUCUUCAGAGGGACAUUUUGCUUCAGGGACGUCUAUAUCUUUCAGAAAACUGGCUGUGUUUCUAUAGCAACAUCUUCAGAUGGGAAACUACAAUUUGUAUUGCAUUAAAGAACAUAACCUUCAUGACUAAGGAGAAAACUGCUCGACUCAUCCCAAAUGCUAUCCAGAUUGUUACAGAGGGUGAAAAGUUUUUCUUUACAUCUUUUGGUGCCAGAGAUAGAAGUUACCUCAGUAUCUUUAGGUUGUGGCAGAAUGUACUAUUAGACAAGAACUUGACCAGACAGGAAUUCUGGCAGCUGCUCCAGCAGAACUAUGGCAAUGAGCUAGGCUUAAAUGCUGAAGAGAUGGAAAACUUGUCUCUGUCGAUCGAGGAUAAUGCACAGCAAAGAAGUCCAGGAAGAAGUAGCUUGGAUGACUGUGGCGAGAGAGAUGAAAAAUUUUCAAAGUCCAUCAGUUUUACCCGAGAAUCAGUAAAUCGGGUUUCAGAAGCAGAGUCAAUUGAUGGAAAUCCACCAAAGGGGCUAGAGAAAGAGGAACCCCAAAAUGAGAAACAGAGGAAAAAGAGUCCUUUACUAACUUCAGAAAAGAGAUUAAGCAGAGUACCAUCAAAAUCACUGGACUUGAAUAAAAAUGAGUAUCUUUCUCUGGAUAAAAGCAGCACCUCAGAUUCUGUUGAUGAAGAAAAUAUUCCUGAGAAAGAUCUUCAUGGAAGACUUUAUAUCAACCGUGUUUUUCAUAUCAGUGCUGAAAGAAUGUUUGAAUUGCUCUUCACCAGUUCACGCUUUAUGCAGAGAUUUGCCAAUUCUAGGAAUAUAAUCGAUGUAGUGUCCACCCCUUGGAAAGUAGAACCUGGAGGUGAUCAACUGAGAACCAUGACCUACACUAUAGUCCUUAAUAAUCCACUUACUGGAAAGUGCACUGCUGCCACUGAAAAACAGACACUGUAUAAAGAAAGUCGGGAAGCACAAUUUUAUUUGGUAGAUUCAGAAGUCCUGACACAUGAUGUUCCCUACCAUGAUUACUUCUAUACCCUGAACAGAUACCAUAUCAUCCGAUCCUCAAAACAGAAAUGCCGGCUGAGAGUUUCCACUGAUUUGAAAUACAGAAAACAACCAUGGGCCAUUAUCAAAUCUCUAAUUGAAAAGAAUUCCUGGAGUUCCUUGGAGGACUAUUUCAAACAGCUUGAAUCAGACUUGUUAAUGGAAGAAUCUAUGUUAAAUCAGUCCAUUGAGGACACUGGAAAACUUAGUGGCUUGAGAAGGAGAAGGCGAACAUUCAACCGAACAGCAGAAACAGUUCCUAAACUUUCUUCUCAGCGUUCUUCUGGAGAUGUGGGCUUAGAUGCCAGAGGGGAUAUUUCAGGAAAGAAAAAGGAAAUGGAAAGCUAUAACAUUGCCCUUAUUGUGGUGAUGAGUAUUUUUUUGCUGUUGCUAGUUCUGUUGAAUGUGACGCUGUUUCUGAAGCUGUCAAAGAUAGAAUAUGCUGCUCAGUCCUUUUACCAUCUCCACCUCCAAGAUGAGAGAUCUUUGCAUUUAGCCUCUGAUAUGGUGUCAAGAGUGGAAAAUAUUCAAAAGAAAAAAGACCAGGCCCAUCGUUUAAAAGGAGUGCUCCGAGACUCCAUCUUGAUGCUCGAACAGUUAAAGAGCUCACUCAUUAUGCUUCAGAGAACUUUUGAUCUACUAAAUAAGAACAAGACUGGCAUGACUGUCGAAAGCUAGUGAUCUCAAGGCCUGAAAUUGUAGAGAUACUUGGAACUAAAAGGGAACAUCUUAAAGAAAACCAGAGGAUGAAGCAUUUUAACUGUCAUCGGAACAUUUCCACAUUUGCUUAUUAUUGGUACUUCUAACAUGAACAUUCUUUUUAAUAACACUAAUUUGAUAAGUAGUUUCUGAUGGUUUUAACAAUCCAUUCUUCACUUCUUAUACAUAAUUCCAAGCAGUGAAUUUCUCCAGUGAAGCAUGAAAUAUUUUGUGGAUUUGAAUUUCUGAUACAAAAAGAAAAUGAGACACUCUGAACUGAUUUUUACAGUGAGGUUUAAAGUUUGAUGCUUUAUCUGUUAGCAUAGAAUCAGUAGGUGUCCAGUAGGCUGCUUUCCCAGUUGAGAUACAUUCAAGAGGCUAAAGAAGACAAUAGAAGAAUAAACCUUUUUAUCAUCAUUACUUUUGAAGGACCAGUUUUCAGGCAUAUAUUAUAACAUUUCUCAGUUUGUGUACUGUAAAUAUUACAAUAUUUCACUUAUUUAGCAUGUAAAUUCAAUAGUCAAACCUUUUGAGUCUGCAGGUUGGUAAUAUCUGAAAUAUUCUUGAGCUAUGUUGUAUUUUUCUAAGGGAAUAGUUGUUUCUUUUUCAGGCAGCUAUCAGAGGUGAGAUUAUCUUGCCCCUUCAUGUAUCAGAUGGUGGAAGAGUGAAUCUGGAAGAGGAAACAUAUAAGAUAGCAACACUCAAAAUGAAGAACCAUGCUCUGAUUUUAUAAAACAGAGGAUUACAUUAAAAUCUGGGCAUUUGGUGACAGAUCAGAUGAAUACUUGAACUAAGCUUGGCUUCAGCUUAGCAGUCUUUCAUGGUAGAAGUGAACCACCUGGUUGAAAAUGAUUUGUGGGUUACUUUUCAGUAGCCACAUAUGUCUUCAUUUAUUCAUUCAUGUGUGCGGCUUGUUUCAGGUGGUAAGUUAUAACCAGACACGAACUUCUGGCUCUUCAGGAAAAACUUUUGGGGCAUUAUGUCCCAAUACCAGGGCACUGACUGAAGUUCAAAGUCAGACAGACAUUUUGGCUCUUUCAUGAAAAGCUUUUAGGCAUAUAUGUCUCAAUACAAGUGAUGUCUUUGGGACAAGAGAAAGGCAGUGCUGAAUGAUUUGUAUAUAUUCUCACUGUUUGGACAUGCUUGCCUUAAUUAAAUGUUUCUUUCUUUCCUCAGAGCCACAGGAGAUAGCUAAAGUCUUUUUUGAGAUGCCUGUAGAGAAUGAAAAUAUUGACUUAAUUACAGGGAAAAUGGAUUUCUCUGGGUGAUUUCCAACAAAAUUAUCUUGGGGGUACCAGUGUACUUACCCGGGGAUUUUUUGAUUUAUGAAGUGUGGCUGUGAGUGAGUCACUGGAUUAUAAACUUGAAGACUUUGUUCUCUGUUAAAUUCACAAAAAUGAUCAGUGGCAAGCUGAAUAUUUUUGUGAUUUUCUUUAAAACCUGUACUUCAUAAAUAUACCUCAAAGAAAAUUACCAAAGUUGCUUUAUAGAUUAAGACUAAACAUGUAUGUAUGUAGAACUUAAUUGCAUUUGAGCCUGUUGUGUAAAUUAUCAAUAAAACCCAAAAUGUC